AUUCACCCACCUCACUGCAAAUUUAAGACUAAUUAUAUUUUCUAGGAGUCAUUGAAAGCUGAAAGCAAUUAUAACUUGGAGCAUAAGACGUUAUUAAUAAUUCCCACACAACAUUUCAAAUGCUGCAUUAAUGGCUAAUCCACAUCUAGUACAUUUAUUGAGAUGCACAGAGACUGGGAUUCCCCGUGGCAUGGAAACUAUAGUCCUCAGGAGAGACAGGUGACUAAAAGUAGACUGCUCACAUGAUCGAGAAAUCGUUUCUUGCCCAACUGUGGACUUUCCAAGCCAUACCACACAAAUGAGCAUAAAUGCGAACAAAUGAGGGGCAGGUAUUUUUAUCCAACCUACAAGGUGCAAGUUAGUGUUUUAACUGUAAAUAGAAGUUCAAUGUCACCACUUAUCACAGCAGGACUAAAGGUCUUAUGAAUCGGUGGCCCCUAGAGGCCAAGAGCCAUUUAUCCACCACAAAUACGCCAUGUCAAUCACUGACAGCCAUCACACUAAAUAAAAGGAAACAAGCAAGGAGAUUACAGGUAUCGCUAGUCCUCAUCACCAGCAUCUGUUGUAAGUACUAUGUUCAUUUUUUGUGUGUGUUUAAUGUCAGGUAACAAAAAAUCAAUAUGUACCGUUAUCUCUAAAGGUUGCAUGAUUACUGAUAGUUUUUAUUAUUUAGGAUAGGGGUCUGUGACUCUCAGGGGUGGUUUGAUCUCUAUUUUUUGUGAAAAAUAAAAAGCUUACACCAAAAUAUUCAUUUUAAUCUAAAUAUUUCAAUGUUCUUGCCACAUUAAAAAUGUAUGGUAACACUUUAUUUUACAGUGUCCCUGUUACACAUCUUACAUGUAGUAAACAGUAAAUUAUGCAUAAUUACAAACAACUAAGCCUAAUUAUGCUGUAAGUACAUGUAGUUAUUUAAUAAUACUCAGUAUUUACAUGUAUAAUUACACUGUAACAAGGACAUUUUAAAAUUAAUUAUUGGUCAAAUUUAUGAUAUGCAACCUUCUCCAUCUCUUUAUCCAACAAGGGGUCCUUCCUGAUUUGUUUAAAAACUAUUCAUGUACACGAUCUAUAAUAUCUAAAGAAAUAUAUAGUGCUCUCUGAAUAUCAGGGCCAGAAGAAGUUCAGUGUGAGUUUAGUUGUGAUCUAUACUACAGGACUCCAGUACUCCUUGUAGAAGCAUGUCUAGGGUGGAAGGUUAUGGAGAGACCGACCUGCGCUCACAGCUACGAGCCUGUAGGACUGAGAUCGCCAUGGCAAUCCAUGAUCCAUUCCCACUGCUGUAUGGGCUGGCGGAUCACGACAUCAUCUCUGAAGAGAUUCUGAGGGAGACUUUAGAGCGAAAGAAAAAGGAUGGGAUCCACAAAGCUGUCUACUCACUGCUCACUUUGCUACUGGACCAAGAUGCUACUGUCAUCCAGGCCUUCUGGAGCAAUCUCUGUAAAGAGUACAAUAAGGAGUGUUACCCAAAACUGGAAACCCUGUUUAUGAACCUCCCUAAAGGGUUAAAGCAGGUGGCCAGACACGCUGGGAACCCCAGGCUUGAGCUGCAGAUCCGCAGCCAUUCAGGAAGAAAGAGAGGGGUGGCUGAAAAACACCUGACUCACCGGUCCCAUCACCACUCCAAGAAAGCCAUAACAUCAGGAAGCAAAGGCAAGCCGAUGAGGAAGACAGAUGGAGCAGCACUUUCUCAGGUCUCAGUGGGAAACGGAGUCCAGGCUGUAUCUACCUCAGUCCAGAGGGCCGUGGCUGUGUCUGCCAGUGAGCAUCCUACUGGCUGCGGGACACUGGAGGGGAUUCUGAUCCAGCAGGUCAUUGAGUCAGGAGGUGCCAAAAAAUGCAUCAAGGUAGGAGGAGAAUUCUACUCUUCUGGCAAACUGGAUGAGACAGCUGGAGCGCAAAAGGCACAGACUGCACAAAACUAUAGUCACCAGCAGGGAGAGCCAAGCACCAGAGCCAUGGAUGUAGAGCAUAAUGAUGAUGAGUGUGCAGUGUGUAAAGAUGGUGGAGAGCUCAUCUGCUGUGAUGGGUGUCCUCGCGCCUUCCACCUCACCUGCCUGGUCCCGCCCCUCACCUCCAUACCCAGUGGUACAUGGCGCUGUCAGCUAUGCCAAAACAACAGAGCGAAAGACAGGACAUACACCCCCUUGCAGCCCACAGUUCAUCCUCCAGUGACCGAGGCAAGCUCCAGCUCUGCUGUGGACUUCUCCUUCUUCUCCUCUCUGUCCUCCACCUCACUCUCCACAGUCACAGGAGGCAAAAGUGCUCCACCAAUGGGCCUCCAGUCUUCUGAUGGUCAAAUGGUUGGGAUCAGGAUGGCUUGUGGAAUUUGCCAUCUCAUCCAGGGAGAGCUGAUCACCUGCCCUCAGUGCCUGCAGAGUUAUCAUGCUCUCUGCAACUUCUCAAAUGGAAAGACAAGAUGUAGGAAUUGCUCCAGGUCUUGGGGCCCUGAAAGCGAAACAUCAUCCAGGAGUCUUCAGGUGAGUCAACACAUGAGUGACCAGGGCUUAACGCCAUCAGAGCAGCUGUUCAACAGAGAUGAAAUGGACUCUAUAAUGGGAGAGAGCCCUAUAGAUGGGAUCCUGCAGUGGGCUUUCCACAACAUUUCACGUCCUCUUUCUGAGUCUCAAGGCUAUUUCCAGUGAUUCACUGAGUCAGAUUCAUCUCUGCUGUGCCCAAAUCUCACUAUCAGCUUCCUCUUCAGUGUUAGAUGGACUGACAUGAAGAAUAGAACACACAGUUUUGAUAAUGUGAAGAAAAUCAAUGUAUUUUCUUAUCCUUUUUUUUUUUUCUCAGGAUAUUAUUUUUUUAGGUCUAGAUCACAAAUGCUCAUUGCUACUACAGGGUGUCUGCCAAUUAUUAUUUUAUGUCAAAUUAAUUUUGGUGAAAAAACAAACAAAAAAACCCAAUAUAAAAUACAUUGAAUUAACUUCAACCAAAGCUAAAAUUAAGAAGAUAGUGUUUAAAGGUGCCGUAGAACGUCUUUUUAAAAGAUGUAAUAUAAGUCUAAGGUGUCCCCUGAAUGUGUCUGUGAAGUUUCAGCUCAAAAUACCCCAUAGAUUUUUUUUUUAUU